CAAAACGAAAGAAGGGAAUGUGAGUAAGAGUAAGGAUACACUCUGUAUUUUAUCACAUGAAAAUGAUGAUGUCAUCUAUGGAAUCAUGCAUAGUUUUAAUAUGCAUGCUAUGCUGUUUUAUUGAAGCUGCAGAAUACACGUUUGAUGAUUCUGUUGGUCUUGGAAGACAGUUUGAUGGUAUUGGUGGAUUGAGUGGGGGUGGAGCAACAUCCAAAUUAUUGGUCAAUUAUCCAGAAGAACAAAGAAACCAAAUUUUAGAUUACUUAUUCAAGCCAAAUUUUGGUGCCUCUUUACAUAUAUUGAAAGUUGAAAUUGGAGGUGAUGCACAGAGCACAGAUGGAACAGAAGCCUCUCACAUGCACAAUAGUUGGGAAGAAAAUUAUGAAAGAGGUUAUGAAUGGUGGUUGAUGGUUGAAGCUAAAAAGAGAAAUCCCAACAUUAAACUAUAUGGGUUACCAUGGGGAUUUCCAGGAUGGAUUGGUGCUGGUACCAGAAGUCCUUAUACUAAUCCUACACAAACAGCAACUUAUAUUAUAAAAUGGAUACAAGGAGCUAAAGAAUAUUAUAAUCUUACUAUAGAUUAUAUUGGGAUUUGGAAUGAAAGACCAUAUGACGUUAACUAUAUAGUGAUAUUACGUAACAUGUUGGAUACAGCUGGUUUAAAUCAUGUACGCAUUGUGGCAUCUGACUCAGGAUGGGGAAUAGCUACAGAUAUAUUAAAGAAUGCAACCCUUAGUUCUUCAGUAGAUUAUAUUGGAUGUCAUUAUCCUGGUACUAACAGUGAUCAGUAUUCUGUACAAACUGGUAAACAAUUAUGGGCAUCAGAAGAUUAUAGUACAUUUAAUGAUAAUGUUGGUGGAGGAUGCUGGGCGAGGAUUUUGAAUCAAAAUUAUGUUAAUGGAUACAUGACCAGUACGAUAUCAUGGAAUCUAAUAGCCAGUUAUUAUAAUAAUUUACCAUUUUAUCGUGAUGGUUUAAUGACAGCUGUAGAACCGUGGUCUGGUAAUUAUAUUAUAGAAUCACCAAUAUGGCUGGCUGCUCAUACAACACAGUUUACUGAAAUAGGAUGGAAAUAUUUACGUCAUGGUGCUGGUGUAGGAAAAUUAGAUGAUGGUGGAAGUUAUGUAGCUUUAAUUAGUCCUGAUAAUAAAGAUUUAACAAUUAUUAUUGAAACAUUUAGUCAUGAUCAUUCAUUAUGUAUUAGACCAGCAUUACCUAAAUAUACAGUCAAAGAUCAACAAGUUACUAUUAAUUUAAAGGGAAAUUUUGCUAACAUUAAAGAAUUACAAGUAUGGUAUAGUAAACCUAGUUAUGAUAAUAGUACUUCUACUUUCUUUAUACAACAAAAACCUCUGAUGGUCGAAAAUGGGGAGGCUACAUUAACUGUACAUGUAGAUGAAAUUUAUACAUUAACCACAUUAAAGACAGGAAGUAAGGGAGAUUACCCUGCAUCACCAUCUUCUCAACCAUUUCCACUUCCUUAUUCUGAUGAUUUUGAAUCAUACAAUUGGCAUCAAGAACCCAAUAACCUAGCUCAACAAACUGGAUCUUAUGAAGUGUUUAAUGCCAAUGAUUCUACUCAUGGUCAAAUAAUACGUCAAUUAGUAUUAGAUCAACCAGUAUACUGGUGUGGUGCUGAAAAAUUAAACAGAUCACUCAGUGUGAUUGGUGAUCCAGAAUGGUCUGAUAUAUAUAUAGAAGCAGAGACGCAUAUUGGUGACGUCAACAAUACAGAUGGUGUAUUUAUAGCAGCUAGAAUUAGAAAUGGAGGCUGUCAAACAUUCGAAGCUGAUGGAAUAUUUUUCUUUGUAUAUCCAGCAUCAAAUAAAAUAGUAUUAUCUAGAGAUUUAGGUACGUUUUAG